AUGGGGGACUGGAACCUGUUGGGCAGCAUCCUCGAAGAAGUGCACAUCCACUCCACCAUAGUUGGCAAAAUCUGGCUCACAAUCCUCUUCAUAUUCCGGAUGCUGGUGCUGGGAGUGGCUGCUGAAGAUGUCUGGGAUGAUGAACAGUCUGAGUUCAUCUGCAACACGGAGCAACCUGGCUGCAGCAACGUCUGUUAUGAUAAAGCCUUCCCCAUCUCUUUGAUCAGAUACUGGGUACUUCAAAUCGUGUUUGUCUCUUCUCCAUCGCUAGUUUACAUGGGCCAUGCACUCUACAGAUUAAGGGCUCUAGAAAAAGAGCAGCAGAGGAGGAAAGCCCACCUGCGGGCUCAGCUAGAAGACCUGGAGGCCAUGCCCGAGGAACACAAGAGAGUGGAGAGGCAACUACGUAAACUGGAAGAGCAGAAGAAAGUGCAUAAGGCACCCCUAAGAGGGUCCCUUCUGCGCACCUAUGUCCUACAUAUCCUGACCCGGUCGGUGCUGGAAGUGGGUUUUAUGAUAGGUCAGUAUCUUUUAUAUGGGUUUCACAUGUCUCCCUUUUACAAAUGCACCCGGCCCCCCUGCCCUAACACAGUGGAUUGUUUUGUGUCCCGACCCACAGAGAAGACCAUCUUCAUGGUUUUCAUGCACAGCAUUGCCGCUGUCUCCCUCUUCCUCAACAUCCUAGAAAUUGCCCACCUGGGCCUCAAAAAGAUCCAGAAGAGCCUCUACAGGUGGCCGCGGGGGUCGGUGGGCCCUGCCGAGGAGGAGACCACCAUAUACAACUCCAAGAAGAGCUCGGUGGUUCCACCGCCCUGCCCGCCCGCCGACUCCUCCUCGCCGUACCCCACUGACCCCCCGCUGCCGCUGCCCCAGGCUCCCGCCGCUGCUCCCGCUCCCGCCCCAGCUCCCGUUCCGCCCCCCGCCCCGGCGGGACCUCCGGGCCGUCAGCACCGCGGAGAGUUCCGCGGGGCGCAGCCUCCGCGCCGCCGCCACGGCUCCGCUCAGCACCACGGACAGCGGCCUCCGCCCUCCACCAGCAGCGAGGAGGCGCCGCGGGCGGCCCCGGGGGGAGCCACGGGAGUCGGGGCGGGGGCGUCCCGGCGGACACCCCGCAAGCAGAGCCGGGUGAGCAUCUGCCGCGACCUGGAUGAGGAGCUCGGCGAUUCUCCGGAUAGCGGGCACUGCCCGGGCACCCGCAAGUCUAGCUUCCUCUCCCGCGUCCUAACCGGGAGCCGGGCGGGCAGCGACAGCGAAAGCCUCGACUCCCCCGGAGACUCCGGUCCCGGCUCCGGUUCGGAGGGGAAGCGCCUCGAAGAGGGCAGCCCGCCCAGCAGCCCGCCGCCGGCCGCCGCCAUGGGACGCCGCGUGUCGAUGGCAAGUAGCGCCCCGCCGCCCCCGGGGUGGCCCGCGGGAGGGGGCGGCAGGGAGGCCCAGGUGGGGCGGGAGCCCCCGGCUGCCUGGUCCUGCCCCGGCGAGGAGGGGGCGAGCCAGGGGCUCUUGGGCAGGACUUCCGACACAGCCCUAAUGCCUCGCAUCCCCCCGUACCAAGCUGAGCUCCCGCACGCUCGGUCCCUUGCUGCGGUGGAAGCAAAACCGUUUCUAGGAAUUUAUUGA